GCGGUAAAAAUGGCAACCGUGGAGACUGAAAGCUCGUCUAGUGAUGAGACAAACCAAGAAUACAGAGUUCAAGUAAGGUCGAAGAAACAAGUCGUCGGGCAGAUAAAUAAAUACAAAGACAUUCUGAAGACGGCUCUCCGCGGACAGACGGACAUCGCCGAGGACACGAAGCGAGUUUUACUGGAGGAGCUGCUGGCGAACUUUGAGGCAGCAGUUCAGGAGAAUGUGUUGGUGAAUGGACAGCCCUGGGAGGAGGCGCCUGAUGUUGAAGAGGAUGAGGACGUCGAUCUGGGAAGCCUCCUGGAUGACACCAUCGUUGAGACCACCAGGAGGCGCCGUACGUACCCGAGACAGAUCCUUCCACAUGUGGUCCAUUCCCUCAAGGCUGAACGGAAACUCAUGGGGCUGUAUGAACAUGCAGUCAAACCUCAAGAGGUGGUCAAGGACCCUGAUCAAGAGAGCAUCAUGGGUGAUUUGUCAGCAGCAGCUCCUGGGAUGGUGAAACAGGCCAUCCAGGUUAUCAAGUCGAUCAACACUCUGCAGAAACAAGCUGAAGGCCUCUGUGAGAUCCUCAACAUGAAGCCGAGUCACGCCACUCUGGAGAUCCACAGGGAAGUGUUCGGCUACAACGGCCAAUCGGACGCUCCGCUGCCCGCCGCGGGAGCUGCGGAAAGGAACAAGCAGCCAAUCAAGAGAGCCGUGGAGGAGGCGGCGGCCACAGACUGCUACGUGCCCCUCGCCAAGAAACCAGACUGCCCCACAGGAGAGGGAGAACCGGAGUGACACUUCCUGUGGCCGUCACCACAGAAGAAGAUGAUGGUGUGAUGUCAUGAACUAACAAGUUUGUUUUUACCCAGUUUUAUUGCUCAGCUGUUGAAAUAACUGGCAGCAGUGGAGAAACAGGAUAUGACUCAUUGUAAAUAUGUCUUCUUCAGGUUCUAUGUCUUAUAUUUCUACUGCUGGGAAACCAUAAGAGGGCGCUGUUCUCCUCCUGAUGAAACAAACAUAAAACUGGUUGUUUGCUCCUCCAUUUGCAAAAAGUGUCUGACUGAUUGAACCUCUGGGCAGAGGAUUCUCUUAUUGAUUAUCUUAUUACACAUGGAAGUAAAUCACUGUUAAUGUGACAGUAACGGAUCUUGCAGAGUUUUGAUGCUGAAACAAUAAAGUAAAAAGAAACUACAGUGAAUCAGAUGAAACCCCAAA